GGCUGCUAAAUUCAUUUGACGACAAUAAUUGAUUGCUUUUUCGAUAUUGGAGAUUUUCUAUGAACACUUUUUCUUCUCCCUUUCCCUCUGUCUCGUUGCCGUGAACUUGUCAAGCUGCAGAGGGCGCGCGAGUCUCAAUUAGGCUCUCCUUCAGACAUUGCUGGUAUCAUAUACACGGUACCAUCGCCCCUCUUCGUUUGGCGCAUCGGACGAUACACCGGAACCUCACAUUUCGCGAAACGAGCACGUCCCCCAACGCCGGACACGACCUCAGAGCUCGAGCUUGGUUUGGUUGCGGCGAGCAACUACGGCGGCGAAUAGGACACGCUUAAGAAACGUUGAAGCAUUGUGACCAGCUGGUUGUAUCACGCGACUGGUGGCCCUUUUAUAUCGAUUUACUGCCCCCCCAAACCCGUCGGGUUCCAUGGCACCGUCACGAUGAUGAGUAGUAGCUCCAGAAUUGCUAGACGACGGAAUACAAGAUGAAUGGCGAUGCAGGUCUCGUGGGCUGCUUGGUCGAGAGACUCACCACUAGACUCCCACAUCGCACAGGCACACAAGCUACGGAUUUCCGCCAAGACGACAUAAUUGUGAUUACACGCGCAUCACUGCUGAAGAUCAGCGCCUCGUCGAUAGUACUCGUGCUCGAGUCGUUAAUGACAUUACUGGAGGAGCUAGCUCGGCCUUAUAAAGGCAUAGACGCACUCCCUCCGCACAUCUACGCCUCAGCGCUUUACGUAUUCGAGUUGCUGGCCGAUUGUUGCUCCGCCUCCUGGCAACACCAACGAGAUAUAACCGCAAAUGGCGCUGGUGGUGUGCGCGAGAACGGGAGGGUACCCGUCAGGCAAGUCCUCCCGGAACCCCUCGAUGCGGCAGUCGUGGGCAGAAUGACGGAGCUAUACAAGUGCUUGUUGAGCCCUAUACCAGAGGGAUGGACAUUGCCGGGAAUCACACUGCUAGACGAUUAUACUCUGCAUGACGUUCUAAACCCUCAGAUCACGGAAGGCCUGGACGUGCUCUUCACGGACCGAUUACCCGGCCAGAGCCUAAACAAAGUCAAGGUUCUUCGUGGGAUAGAGCUUGAACCUCAUAUCAGGAAGAUUGUCGAGUAUUGCAGUGCGUCCAAUUGGACUGCUACAUUCGACUAUCUCAGGACUACCGUCUUUGGCAUACGCAGUGCUGCUACAGUACAAUCCGGCAUACCACAACCUACGACUUUGGCUGAAGAUGAGAAAAACUCUCUGACGAUACUCCGGCUACUGGCUUACACGUGGGUCGAUGCACAGAAGUUAGGAGUCAUUAUACAGGAGCUUUGCUCCAGCUUUCUCCAUUUCAAAAAGUCCUUUCAAAACACGGUCGCAAUCGCGCUUCCUUUGAUGAUCCGGCGAUGGAUUGACCGAUAUCCGGAAGAAUUCCUCAGGUUGCACAACCAGCAUAGAAGACUCGACGGUGGUGCUGACACACUCUUCGAUAUGGCGCAGACUGCAGUUGACACCAACCAGAGGCGCGCAGUUUUGUCGCCAAUGCAAAUGUCGCUUUUGUUCCUUUUGCCUGACGUAUUUGAGGUGGCUAGCGGCUUACGUGAUGCUAAAAGUGGUGCUAUAACUAAGAAGAUGCAGUAUCUUGACGGGCUGAGGAAAGGUUUGAAGAACAGGAACGAAUCUGCGGCAUACUGCGUACUCCAACUAUUGCGUGUUGUGCGGCACUUCGAUAUCGACAGCGAUGCGGCCAUUAUCAGUUAUGCCAUGGAUAUUCAAGACGAGGUCCGCGAUGCAACAUUUCGUCUGUCGUCGAGCGGGCAAGGAGCUUCCUUUGACCAAGACAUGACAACAGCCGCUUUCACUUUUCUCACACAUCUGAAUCUUGAAGGAAGCGUAGAAUCUUUAGCUCAAACUUGUUUGCACCCGUCCUCUCCAAUGACUUUCAAGGUUGCGAUAAUACAAGCUUGCGCAUUUUUUGCACGAGAAAAGGAUGCAGAGGAAUACCAACCCCUCUUCGCUGAAACCAUUGGCUUUGUACAGAACCAACUAAAGGCGACAUUCAAUGUGCAAUCGGAUUUGGCCAGUGCGAAUCGUAACACUCAAAGAAAAGCAUCUGAGACCGGUGCUGCAAGCCUCGUCCUGCUGCGCAACAUUCUCAAAUUUCUCGAACCAACACCAGAGCUUUUAUUACAGAACCCACCCGACGACGCUACUGAAGGCUUCUACGAAGAUAUAUUCCAAGGUCUAAUCUCCUGCAUGGUGUCCCCAGAUGACCAAGUAAGAACGCUAGCUGGCGCUGUGGCUAAGAAGCUCUUCUCUCAAGGAGGCGUCUUGGCUCGACUACGUAAAUCAAAGCGGUUGGAUCAACAAAAUUUGAGGCUUGACUUUUGGAGAAUGACUUCGGCUGUUUUGAAUACUAUUUGCGACGAUCACGCCCAGUAUGGAGAUGAGAGAACGCUCCAGACGAUUCAUAGCUACCUAGAAUCGAGGCUCGUAUUGCUCCAAUCUAUCCAGGAAUUGAGUGACCCCCCUCGAGAAAUCCCCGAGCGAACAGCGACAGCAACGAAGCUCGAGACUUUAUUCUUAGUAUCAUUGUGCUCUCCAGAUAUCGAAACGUGCCAGCUCGUCACAUCCUGCAUUGCGCUAUUCCAAGAGGAAUGCGAAAUCAUUGAUGCGUCUGAUGCAACCAAGACUUCACCUCUACUUCGAAACGGCGAUGUGUUCAAGGAGAUGGGAUCUCGCGCGUUCCGCUUCACCGGAGUCGUAGCAUUUCAGAAACGUGUGCGCAAUUUAUUGCGCAGCAUGCAGUUCCCGAGUGCCGGUAUAUUGAAUGCUUGGGAAGUGGCGUUUGAUAAGUGGUUGCACUUGUCAAAAGACGUCUCGACCACAUCAGUGGAUUCCGUCGAUGACAGGACCCUAUCCGAAUGGCGCAAUUACACCGGUUUUCUUGCAUCAUUAGGGGGCAUCUGCACUGCUGAUCAGGCUUACGUAUUGGAAGAGCCUGCUAUUAGCGGACUGAAAUGGAUCGACAGGUUGUCUUCUGAGAACAUUGAGGAGCCAUUCUUGAGCCGAUUUCUGCGGCUCAGUGUGCAACUCCUGGCCUGUACCAAUGUGCGUGUAAGAGAGACGAUGAGAGAUGUGUUGUCGACCGAGAUAUCACCAAAUCUCUAUCAGCCCCUAUUCAAGGCUCUAGAAUCCGAACUGGAGGUGCUUUUCACCGGCGCACUUGAAACCACAGGCAAGAACUCAGAUGGUGAAAUAAUCUUUGCCGAACAAGCUGCCUCUCUGCUGAAGGCUUUAGUUGAGCGCCUGCAUUCUCCGUCUGACCUAGGAGCAGCCUCAUCAGUACAUCUUGGGGCCUUGGCACUGAAUUUUGCCAAGUUUCUGGAAGGUGGAGUGGACAACAUGCACUGUCUGAGAGUCAAGAUCAAAGUUUGCCAGCUUUGUGAAGUCCUCAGCAAGAAGAAGGAGCACUUAAACCUCCGGGAUGACGUACGCAUUCGAAACCAGCUUCUGGAAUUCAUUUUCGGAUGGAUCGCACGGCCAAGAUCGCCGCGCGGUGACGGUAGCUACGGACCUGGACGCCAAGAUGAGGUAAUCCGUGUUCAAAAAGAUCUGGAUAAGGCGUGCCUUCGCUCGCUUGCUGAGCUGACCUUCAGGCUGCCUCUACAGCCUGGUGAAGGCCAUAAUGACGCGGGUACUAGUGAGCUAAAAUCUCAAAUGUUCCAUACGUACUUCAACCGAUUCCUAUCACUACUCAACUAUGAAUCUCAGGAGGGUUACAGAAGCGAUCACCUCGUACCACCUACCACUCGUGAUGAGUCAACUUCCGCUGCAGAUCUUGCCAUCACCAUUCUAUCUAACCUCUUAAGUGCCAACAUCGAUGUUGGUUUGAAACACUCUUUGAGCAUCGGUUACCACGAUAAUGUCGAGAUACGAACCGCUUUUCUCAAAGUUCUUUUCAACAUUUUGGUACAAGGCACUGAGUUCAGUAAUCUCUCUGAUGCUGCUGUCAGUGAGAAGUAUGAUGAACUCUUGUCGCUUCUUACUCAUGAUACGCAACUUGCUGUAGCCAUAGCAUCGGUGUGUCCCAGUGGCGAAGUCGAUGAGCUCACUAUUUCCUUGCUGAACAUCUUUGAGUCACGUGGUAUGGCUUUCGAGCUCAUGGAGGGGUUGAUCAAGCAAGAGAUUGAAGACACCGAGAACGAAUCCGAGAUAUUGCGGCGCAAUUGUGUUGCUACGAAGGUGCUUUCCAUAUACGCCAAAUGGAAGGGUUCUAAUUAUCUCCGCGAAACUCUGCAAAAGGUUGUCGAACGGCUUAUGCUGACCUCGCAAGAUCUCGAUCUUGAGCUUGACCCUGCAAGAGGCAUCCAAACACAGGAAGAGAUCCAAAAGAAUGCACUUCAACUCAAGGUCGUAACAAAAGUCUUUAUCGACGAUAUCGUCACUUCGGCUAACAACAUUCCGGCCUCGUUCAAGAAGAUAUGUAGCAUCAUAUCCGACGCCGUACUAGAUCGGUUCCCAGAGGCAAAAUACACCGCGGUUGGCGCUUUUAUCUUCCUGCGAUUCUUCUGCCCAGCCAUUGUAGCCCCCGAAACAGAGGGGUUGGUUAGCACUCCUCCCUCCAAGGAAAUGCGCCGCGGUUUGCUCUUAAUUGCCAAAGUUGUACAGAACCUUGCAAACAACGUCUUGUUCGGCGCGAAAGAACCGUACAUGUUUCCGUUGAAUGAGUUCCUUACCGAAAAUAUUUAUUAUGUUACCACAUUCCUGCGUCAGAUAUCUGUAAAACCAGACCCUAGCGAGAUACGCACACUGGAUCCGGAAUCAUUCGACUUUGGUUCAUGUGUUGCCUUACAUCGAUUCCUCUAUGAUCAUUGGGACCAGGUUCGCCAGAGACUUAUGUCUCAAGAAAGGAGAGAAUUUGUUCGGUCUCCUGCCGAGCCUCUUCGCGGACGAUCACCAGUUUUAGAGCCACUGCGAUCUCUAAUUACAAACUUAGGCCCUCCUCCCCUCGCUGUGACCUGGAAUCGGCCGCAGAUGACUGCCAAUAGCCCUCCUUUAUACUCUCGAUUCCAGCAGUUCAUGUUACGAAAUGCGUUCCGGGGUACAGAGUCCUUCAUGACUUCUCGCGCUGUAUACGAUGGCGGUGAGAGCAAGGAUGGGUUAUCCAUUAUCUGCAUUAUUUUGCGCCACAUCGACUCAGAUUCUAUAGAUUAUGAUACUUUGCUUUAUUGCUACUUGAAGAUUGCGAGUCGCUUGUGGCAUCGACCAUUUGGCAUAUUGAUUGAUGCUACAUGCUACAAUGGUCAAAACGAACCUCCGGAUGAUUUCUUCAAAAAGCUUGACCUGCUCUGUCCGGUUGAACUCUCACGCCAACUGACGAGGGUUUACGUGUACAAUAUGAACAGUGCAUUCAGGAAAUGUCUGCGUCGCAUUCUUCGCGUGGCUACUAAGAGCGAUACCAGCGUUUUCAACCCUGGAAACGUUGACUAUCACCUCAUCGGCAGCUUACAAGAUCUUCAGUCUCACUUUCAUCUAAGCCAACUUCACCUUCCCAAGGAGACCAUCAGUGUAGUAACGGACACCAGAUUUGUCUUUCAGCCAAUUACUAGGCUGUCAAAGACAAGGGGCAAAAUUGAGGUGAUAAUCAAGGUCGGCAGUCAAUUCGUACAAGUCACUACGGUCCGGAAGCAAGAAGUCCAUCCUGGGUUUCGCCUGAACGCGACUGUGAACGAUAUAUUCAGGCUAGGAGAGGUCGAGGAAGCUCCAACGUCGAUUCCUACUGAGGACGACUCUGCCUUUGGUCUGCGUGCUGAUAAUGGCAAGAUUGUCAUGUACUUCCAAAGUCCCAAAAAGGCCGAUGUACUUCAGGCGGUACGCGGCGCCAAAGUGAAGUACGGCAAGGACACGAGGGCACAGAAGUCGUUCGAAAGGCUCAUCCGACCGCAGGACGUCCCAGGUACUUUGCUAAACCUGGCUCUCACAAACCUCGCUGCACCGGAUCCUGUGUUACGACUGGCUUCUUACAAUCUGCUGGGUGCUCUCUGCCGCGCCUUCAAGUUCAAGGCAGCUUCCAAGUUCAUGCUAAUUAGAGAUAUCUCGGUGCCUCUGGACCCAUCACAGUUCAUUGUGAAUAUCAGCAAGCAUCUCGCAGAGGAGGAACCACAGCUCACCGCGGAUUUCUUAAACGAAUUUUUUGGAGGGUGGGAGAGCGUAUCUGAUGAACAAAAACCUCUAAGUCUGGCCUACAUGGCACCUUGGCUGCCAGGACUUCGUACAGCUCUUCUUGGGGACGAGACAGACAGUGAGAAAGGUAAGGAGAAGAUCGCCACCAUCUUCCGGAAGCUUAUCGACGUGGCAACCAUGGAUCCCACCUUGAACCUUACCCUAGAGCUCACUGUAUGGCCUGCUAUCUACAAAGACGAGACACUUUUGGAUAUCUUCCUUGAGGAGAUACUCAAAGCCGCGAUGAGUCUAGGACUUUAUGAUGAGCAUACACAGGCACUCACUACCAUUGUGACGUCCAUCGGCACCCUUACGCUUCGCGGCAAGAUCAUCUCUCGCCUGAGGAAAGCCUUGAACAGGUCUUCUCAGCGGCCGACAAAGUUCUUACCAGACAACGCUGUCUGGCCGGAGAUAUGCAUUCUCCUCAAUUUCUGCUUGUCGCUCUCAUUCGACUGCGGAGUGCAAUCCCAACUAUACAUGCCAGAAAUCUUCCAUAUCGUCACAAUGUUGGCAAAUACAGGGCCAGCAGACAUCAGAAUUUUGGUCCACAGGCUGCUCAUCAAUACCAUCCAUGCAGCCUGCACCUCAUUUAAGCUUGACGAUGCCAAGCAUGCCAGGCUGCGCAGCCAUCUUGAGACACUGGCAGAACCUAGGAACGAUAUCUUCUCGCCACCGCCUGCGUUCGUCCGUGACGGUUCUUCCAUGUCCACAGCCCAGGAGACUGGUCAGACACUUGCCUCGACAGAGCAUCUGGCCUCUCUACUAUUCGAAUGCUGCUCAGUAGCGGCACCUUCCGUGGAUAUGGCCAACGCUUGGCGGUCCCGGUGGAUGAGUCUAGUUGCGAGUACCGCAUUUCAAAACAAUCCUGCCAUUCAGCCUCGAGCAUUUACAGCUAUGGGAUGCCUUGCCAGGGAAGAAGUCGAUGACGAUCUUCUGUAUCAGGUCCUUGUCGCUUUACGCAAUGCCGUCGGCCGCUUUGGCGAGGACAACCAUAAUGAGAUGAUGGUUGCCAUUGUCACGUCCUUGUCAAAGAUGAUGGGCAAGUUGAUGACAGCUUCUCGUUAUGGUUUGCAGCUGUUUUGGCUUGCGAUAUCGUUGCUUCGUCUCGUUCCUCCGAAUCUUUUCAACUGUGCUGCAAACUUUCUCGAGGCCGUAUUGACUAACAUUGGCACUGCCGGUGAUCUGAGAAACGACAAGAUGGCUCAAGUCUUGCUCCAAGGACGGAGUCAACUCGAAGACGCAGCUCUGCCAUUGGAUGCCGCAUACGGCAUCCACUUUACAACUGAAACGUUUCACUUCGCUGUUUGCGCUUGUCUUGCUCGUGGUCUUACCGACACUAUGACCAAAGCAACGGCCCUGCGGGUGCUGGCGACGUUCUUAGAGAUGACGACGACAAACUCACCUUCUGAUGCUGAUAAGUUGCCACGAGACGUGGUCACCUCACCGUAUAUGACCCUGAUUCAAGCCAGGGCAGUCGAGCCGGAGGAGCUCAAGGAUGCAUUGUACUUGUCUGGAAUUCACCCCUCUAGUGUCUCGAGUCAGAACUUCUCCGUAAUGAAGGACAAGGACUUGCUACUGAACACAGCUAUUGCGCUCAUCGAUUUCCAAUACUUGGAGGAUGCUGUGCAGAACCGCACGCUUACAUGGCUGAAUGAACUAGCCAUUGGGCGCCCAGCAGUACUGUUGCAUCUGUGCUCGCCAGUCGCACAAUCCCUCGACGACAUAUUGCUGCACUGCCAGAACUCAUCCACACUGGAAUCUGCUCAUACAUUAUUCCAAACCAUGACUUCAAAUCCCAAGUUCUCGAGUGCUCUGGAAUCAAGUGGGGUGCUCAACGAGAUCCUGGAGGACUUGGGCUUUAGUGGACUAUGGCGGUCCUGCUCAUUCAGUCAGACGACAGAGCCAGACAGACAGUGCUUCGCACUAACUGAGAAGCUUAUUGAGCUGAUCAUCAUUUGAGGCACUCGUAACAGCUGUAGGGAGAGGAAUAGACAACAGAAGUAUUUAGGCCAUCGACGAUGGCGCAUGAGCAUCGUAUUCGAGCGAUCAUGUAGCGUUCGAAAUCGUGUAUUAAGGGACUAGGUUUGGGAGGAUAUACCUUAGCAUCUUAGGUUCGGAGAUUCAUAUUAGCGUGGAUUUGGAGGCAGAGGGAAGUAGGCAAUUGAGACCGGAAUUUCAAGUUGAACGCAAUGAUUAUCCGGACCGAGCUCGUGAGAUAAUUCCAGAUUAAUGGCCAAUCUGAUACCAGUACGGCCCGUUUACCCUUCGGCUAAUAGUAAUCCCUUCACGCUGUUUAUGUUAUUGUUGGUCAAACACCUUUCGAAGAAUUUGUAAAUGGUGAAAGAGUUUAAUUUUUAGUUGUUAACAGG